GAACUAUCUGUUUUACGGACUACAACUCGUUCAAUACCUAACACUACAACAUGCGUGAGAUCGUUCAUAUGCAAGCUGGCCAAUGCGGUAACCAAAUUGGUGCCAAGUUCUGGGAAGUGAUCUCUGAUGAACAUGGUAUUGACCCAACUGGAACUUACCAUGGUGAUUCUGAUCUUCAGUUGGAGAGAAUAAACGUCUACUACAAUGAGGCUACAGGUGGUAAAUAUGUACCUCGAGCUGUUCUGGUUGAUUUGGAGCCAGGUACCAUGGACUCUGUCCGAUCUGGUCCUUUCGGUCAAAUCUUCCGACCAGAUAACUUUGUUUUCGGACAAUCUGGUGCUGGUAACAACUGGGCCAAAGGUCACUACACAGAAGGUGCAGAAUUAGUAGAUUCAGUUUUGGACGUUGUCCGAAAGGAAUCUGAAAGUUGUGAUUGCCUUCAAGGAUUCCAACUUACCCACUCUCUUGGUGGUGGAACUGGUUCUGGUAUGGGAACUCUCCUCAUCUCCAAAAUCAGAGAAGAAUAUCCAGACAGAAUUAUGAACACUUUCUCAGUUGUACCUUCUCCAAAGGUCUCCGACACAGUUGUGGAACCCUACAACGCCACCCUCUCAGUUCAUCAACUGGUAGAAAAUACAGAUGAAACUUACUGUAUUGAUAAUGAAGCUCUAUACGAUAUCUGCUUCAGAACCUUGAAACUCACCACACCAACCUACGGUGAUCUCAACCAUCUGGUAUCAGCCACCAUGUCCGGAGUGACCACCUGUCUCCGAUUCCCUGGUCAACUCAAUGCUGACUUGAGGAAGCUGGCUGUCAACAUGGUUCCCUUCCCACGUCUUCAUUUCUUCAUGCCUGGAUUUGCUCCCUUGACUUCCAGAGGUUCCCAACAAUACAGAGCCUUGACUGUUCCUGAACUUACUCAACAGAUGUUCGAUGCCAAGAACAUGAUGGCUGCCUGUGACCCACGACAUGGUAGAUACCUGACAGUAGCUGCUAUGUUCAGAGGUCGUAUGUCCAUGAAAGAGGUGGAUGAACAGAUGUUGAAUGUUCAGAAUAAGAACAGCAGCUACUUUGUUGAAUGGAUUCCCAACAACGUGAAGACAGCUGUCUGUGACAUUCCACCAAGAGGUCUGAAGAUGUCUUCAACCUUUAUUGGAAACAGCACAGCCAUCCAAGAACUGUUUAAACGAGUCUCUGAACAGUUCACUGCUAUGUUCAGAAGAAAGGCUUUCCUCCAUUGGUAUACUGGUGAAGGUAUGGAUGAGAUGGAAUUUACUGAAGCUGAAUCCAACAUGAAUGAUCUGGUAUCUGAAUAUCAACAGUACCAGGAUGCUACUGCUGAAGAGGAAGGAGAAUUCAACGAAGAGGAAGAGGAAGAAGAAGCCGCUUAAACCCCCCGAAUCAACGAAUCAGCCAGCUCUGCAUCGAUCAUCACCUCCAGUUUACUCUACGCACACAGAAUCUUAAAUUACCUCCCUUUCUAUGUGUCUCAAUGCAUUGCAGGAUUUUCAUGGGCCGUAAUAAUUUAUUGCAGGAUUUUCAUGGGCCGUAAUAAUUUAUUGCAUAGUGACCAUGGACAUCCUCAAAUGUUUUGAUUUGCCUAGUUUUUUUGACCCAUCAGCGCCCAGAUCCAAGUUUUCUGUGAUAACCCCCAUUUUUCCAGAUUUACGCAGUAUUAUUAUUUCGAUUUUGAUAACAUUGUGAACGUGAUGUCAAUAAAGAUUUCCAAAC